AUGCUUUCCAAGGAAGAAUUAUUAACCGAGAUGCAGACGAGGUCACAAAAGGCCAUUCAGGGCGCCUUGAAUGAUCAAAUCUAUGAUGAUGCCAAAGUGGAGGAAUGGGGUUCCACAAUUGUUAAAAAUGUUUUAUCAGAGAUGAAAGAACUUUGCAAAUCAAAAUAUAAAUUCGUCACAAAUAUUAUGAUAUUUUCUAGAAAUAAGCAGUGUAUUCAUGAAUGUCAAAUGGCGUAUUACGACAAUCAAAAAGAUGUCAAAAUUACAACAAAAUGGGCGAAUGAAACAAUGCAAUGUAUCCUUUCUCUUUGGGGAUUUAGAACCAGAUUCGGUUGA